AUGGACGAUAAUCAGGCGGUUGAGAAGCCGAAAAAUACAAAUCUUGUUUGCAAUGAAAAUAUCGCCCAUCGGAAAUCACCUGAACUUUUUCCAGAAAAUGUACCUGGCGCUUGGGAUAUGAAUAGAACAUUAACUGCGGCUGCUGGUGAUUUUAGGUCAAGCCGUUUUCGAACCGAAUUAGAUACACAAGAUGUACGUCUUGUUAACGAGCUUGGGCAGUUUAGUGCCGAUCAGUUAAUGGAAUAUGUAAGGAAUUUGCAGAAUUCCGCUUAUACAUUAGGAAUCGAAGAAGCGAAGCAGUUUUCAAAGGGAAAGUUUUUGCGAAUAUUUGAGAAACGAUCAGAAGGGUUGCAAAGAUGA